AGUAGAUCUUGGAAGUGUACUUACCUUCUGCAGGGUUCCUCCUCCCCUUUAACGUUGCUCCACCUCUAUUUCUCCUCCUCCCAUUGGUGAAUCAAUCACUAUUUUGGUUGAUGUGGCAGAUGUCCCACUUGUAAGAGUAUGCGUGUGCUCCUCUUGGAUGUGAUUUUUAAGGCUUGUCCAACCCAAUAAUAAUUUUUCCUAAAAAGUUUACAUGACAGAACAUUCCAUCAUCGUAGAUUUUGAUAGGUCCCACGCCCUGUAGGGCCUAUACCUUAUCCAGGAAAUCACAACCCCACCUUUAUCCGUGCUGGCCUGCUGGGCAUUGGAGAAGCCUCUCUCUCCCUCAGCGCAGUCCUUUUCGGUGACUCGCUCGUUCUCCUCUCAGGUUUUAUGUUAAGUUGACCCAUUUCGUAUCAUGGGCAGGAACACCGAUUCAGCGAGCGAAGCAGAGAGAAUCUCAAACGGAAAGGGAUAAUCUGAUAUAGAUUUCUUUGACGAGCUGAAGCUUAAGGGGAAAGUUGAAUGAAGAUGGCUGAUGAAGAGAAAACCCUAAUUGAGAUAUUAGAGGAGUUUAUCCCUAUUGACCUUGCCAAAUACAUAAAUUUUGUCCAUAGCCCGAAGUCUGGUGCCAUUGCUACCUUCUCUGGUACAACACGAGACACAUUUGAAGGUAAAGCCGUUGUAGAACUAAGGUAUGAGGCAUAUGUACCGAUGGCAAUACGCUGCAUUAAAUCCAUAUGUUUGUCUGCUCGAUCAUCAUGGUCUCUUGAUUCCAUUGCUGUCGCUCAUCGUCUGGGACCAGUUCCUGUGGGAGAAACUAGUGUUUUUGUUGCAAUAUCAGCCGUCCAUAGAGCUGAUGCCCUGGAUGCAUGUAAGUAUCUGAUUGAUGAGAUCAAGGCAUUGGUUCCAAUUUGGAAGAAAGAGGUCUAUUCAAAUGGAGAAGUUUGGAAGGAAAAUUCGGAGUUUUUAGAGAGGAAAUCAAAAUUUGGGACUCUACCGGAUCAUGGUAGUGGGUGUUGCCAGGUUAAGGUUAAAGUAGAGGCACAGAACGCCAAGAGUUGUUGUGGAAGUAAGGUUAAAGUGGGAGCUGAAGGAGCUCCUGAGCAUGUUGGUACAGAAAAUGGAGAGAAUUGAAGAGAAUGGAUGAUGCUGCAUUGACAUGUUUCAGAAUCUUUUCACUAUUUAAAUCCCAUUUACAGAGGUUACUAUUAAGUAACAUUGGAAAUAUAUUUAAACAGAGCAAAAUGUCUCCACACUUAUGGCAAUAUUUCUACA